CGUUUUUUCUACUUGAUUUAUUAUUAUUGUUUUUUCUUUACUGGAAAACAUAAUUUAUUAUUAUUAUUAUUAUUAUUAUUAUUAUUAUUAUUAUUAUUAAUUAAUUGUUGUAACAGUAGUAUUUAUUUUGAGCUUUACAUUUUCUCUCUUUUUCAACUUUCAAUUCUAGCAGCUUUGGAAAAACCUACAAGCCAACAGAUUUUUUUUUUUCACCUCCUGAAAUUUAUUUAGAAGAAGAUUGCUGAAGUGUGGAAUCACAGCGACAGGUGUUGAUUUGAUAAUAUAGACUUGAGGGAGUGAAAAUUUGAUAUAUGCAUGGAAGGAAGAGAAGGUAUCAAUUCCGGGGUUACCGUGAUAGGUGCAGAAGCUCCAUCGGCUUAUCAUGUAGCACCAAGGAGUGAAGCUCCAAACUCGGUUCAUAACCCCGAAGCAGCAGUUGUGGCUGCUGGUGCUGCUACUGUUGGUGUCUCACCGGUGAGUGUAGGUUUGGAUGGAACAACAGCAGUUAAGAAGAAAAGGGGUAGGCCGAGGAAAUAUGGUCCAGAUGGAUCUGUCAAUAUGGCAUUGUCGCCAUUGCCUAUCUCAUCAUCAGCUCCACCUAGUCAUGACUUCGCAUCCGUGAAGCGAGGGAGACCACAUGGGAUGGAAUAUAAGAAGGCGAAAAAAGUUGUGAUGGAUCAUCUGGGUGAAAUGAAUGGAUACUCUGAUGGUACACACUUUAUGCCGCAUUUCAUCACUGUCAAUGCCGGCGAGGAUAUUACAAAUAAAGUAAUAUCAUUUUCUCAGCAAGGUCCCCGAGCUAUAUGCAUAUUAUCUGCUACGGGUGUAAUUUCAAAUGUUACACUCCGUCAUCCAGAUUCUUCUGGCGGUACUCUGACCUAUGAGGGUCGUUUUGAGAUUCUUUCCUUGUCUGGAUCAUUCAUGCCUACUGAAAACCAAGGAACACGAAGCAGGUCAGGUGGAAUGAGUGUCUCGCUGGCUAGCCCUGAUGGUCGUGUUGUAGGCGGUGGAGUCGCUGGUCUUCUUAUAGCUGCUAGUCCUGUGCAGGUGGUGGUGGGAAGUUUUCUACCAAGCGGCCAUCAAGAUCAGAAAGUAAAGAAGCCGAAAUCCGAUUAUGCAGCAGCCACAUUUACUCAAGCUAUUGCCGUAUCCUCAGCACCACCACACCAAACUAACAAUGCUGAAAAAGAAGAUGUCAUUGGUGGACAUCAUGUACUGCAAAAUUCCGGAACCCUUAACUCGAGUUUCACUUCUCCUCCUCCACACACCACCUUUCGAAGAGACAACUGGGUCAACAUGCACUCGAUGCCUGACUCAAGAAAGUCAGCUACUGAUAUAAACAUAUCUUUGCCUGAUAGUUAAGCUGAUAAAUCAACUUGCAAUUGUUUGUUGUCUCGAGUAUUGGUGACAACACUCACAAGGGAGGUGUUUUAUUUUAUGUUUACAGUGUUCUCUAUUAUUAUCUUAGAUUGUUUCAAACAUGUUGUCUGAUAUCUGUUACUAUAGGAUGUAGUUUACACUGUUGUUAGUUGCAGCUAGGUAGAGUAUCUGAUUUAUCGGCCGAUUAGGUAGAUGCGGUAUUACGCGUAGGCUAAUUUUGAUGUAAUGUUACCUUGUUUGCCUAUUUAUUUAUGACUGAAUUUGUUGAAGCAUUUGCGUUUGUUUUUGUUCA